CAGGAGCGCCGGCGGUGAGAGGCACCAUGCGAAGGGCCAGCGCUUGCCGGACCCGGCCGGCGCAGCAGCUCCCGUGGCCGGGGAGAGGCAGCCGCAAAGCCGGUCCUGGAACGGCUUGGAGGUUGCUGUUCGCCCUGCUGGCUUUUGGGGUGAGCUCCUGCAAAGGUGUACCAGUGAUGUCCCAUGUUCUCCAAGGAGAAAAAGUGUGGAAUGAGAUAGAUGCUAUGUGUUCUACUAUCCCAGCUAGAGACCCCCUGUCUCAGCCAUCCAAUGCGCUCGAAGAAUUUUGCUUUAUGGUUCUGGAACUGCUACAGAAAGACAAGCCAUUGGUCCCACAUCCCUUGCUGCCACUUACUCCCCAACUUCAUGACAAGAGACAGAAGAGAUACAAGGCGGAUGAAGAACUUCGAAUACCUGGAGGAGUUCAAAGCAGAGGAUACUUUAUGUUCCGACCACGUAAUGGAAGAAGAUCAGCUGCUUUGUAUUAAAAAGGUUUUUAAUCUUACUUUUGGUUUCAAAUAAUUGGAAUGUCUGGGGAAAAGUAUCUUUCACCAAAUCUUAUAAUCUUUGUAUUUUUUAUAAAUACUUCAGGCACUAACAUGCAUGGAUACAUGUAUUAUAAAUAAGUGUGUGUGUAUAUAUGUGUGUUUAUACAUGCAUACACUUUCCUAA